UUAAUCUGGAAAAUGAAGCGAGUCCUUUAUGCAACGUGUUUGUUACUUCUUUUCGUUUCCUAUGUAGAUAGUCACGCAUUCCAGUCUCUGAAGGCCGAAGACAUGUACGAAUGCUAUGUGAAGCUCCUGUGCACUUUAAAUCGGGAAGAAGAUUUUCAUGAAUUAUUAGAGGAAGCUGGGCCAGAGAUUAAAGGAAACGGCUGGGAAUGGAUCAAAACUGUUACUGGCGUUGAAGGCCCAGACAAUACCUUAGAAAACUGGGCUAGAUACAAAGCUGUUGUCUGUGAUCUUUCAGAAGAGGAAAAUAGAAAACAAUUCAAUGAAUUUUUCCAGUUAGGAGGCGAAUACUGGCUGGAAGUUUGUUUUAACACGUACUCACCUAGGUGCAAAAAAGCAGAGGAAACUGCAACAAAAGUUGCUGAAUAUUUCGAGAUACACUUUGAGAAUGGAAAUUGUAGGAAGAGUGCCGGAAAUGAGCAGAAAACGAAAAAGAAAGUAGUGUUUGGAUGAAAACUUGACUGAUCGGUCUUUGAAUGAUUAUCACUUGAUUUUGUUUGCAAAAAAUGUUAAUUCGGAAUUUUAUUAAAAAUAAUAUCUACAAAUAUAUUAAAAGUAUGAAAUUA